AUGUCCUCCUCUUCCUCCUCCUCCUCCUCACCACCACCACCACCACAUGGUACAGCUGCUACAGCUACCCCAACCAACCCCCUCAAACGACCCUCCAUCUCCUCCAUCUCCUCCCCCUCGGCUCCCUUACAAUCUCUCGGAGCAGUCGCAACCAACCCCAAACGCCAGCGCCUGCAUCAUCCUCUCCGGCAGACCUCGUUCCCCAUCGACUCGGAUCUCCGUUCUAGUGGCGGUGCGGCGGGAUUCUCCGCGGCCAGUGAUGCCGGCAGCGUGACGGGGAGCUUUACGGGGAGUUUAGGGGGCGUUAGCAUUGAUGGGGUGUUUGGGGGGGGCAAGUCUCGCAAGCGCGGAAGGAAGAGCAAGGUCGAGCGGGAGAGGGAGAGGGAGAGGGAGAGGGAGAGGGAGAGGGAGAGUGAAGAUGUGGCUAGUUUGAGGGGGGGUGGUGCUGGUACUGGUGCUGGUGCUGGUGCUGGUGCUGGUGGGAAUGCAGGCGAGGACGGUGAGGAUGAGGAUGAGUUUGAUGAUGAGGGGGGAGAGUUACUUGGGAGGGAGGAAGGGGGGGGGGCUACGGAUACGGAAGCCGAGAAGAAGAACCUAGCGUUGCUGGUGGAUGCAUUCAACCCCCUACAAUCUGAACGAUAUGAUCUGUUCAAACGGGCAAAGCUCCGAAAGGAGACGUUGCGACGGAUCGUGAACCAUGCCCUGUCACAGUCGGUUCCGGCAAGCGUGGUGACCACGAUCAAUGGCUUCACUAAGGUGUUUGCUGGGGAGAUUAUCGAAAAGGCACGAACGGUACAGAUGGAAUGGGCCGACGCACACGACCAGGCGGCGGCGGUGGCGGCGCUCGCUAAGGAUGCAGCGCGGGAUAUUGGUCCUAGUCAGGGCAGCCAGGGCGAUAACAAUCAGAAUCUUGGAGUUGGCGUGAUGAUGUCUCGGAUCUGGACGGGACCGUCGGAUGAACAAGUUCCAACCAUGAUGCCGAGCAGCAGGGCUGAGGUUAAGCUUCCCCCGAAUCCCCAUCGUGGUCAGUUACUCCCUGCGCAUCUGCGGGAAGCGCUACGACGAUACAAACGCGAUGGCGAAGGGGGAGGCGUGGGAUUUUCUGGGUUGAGUAUGGGGAACUUGGGGGUUCGAGGGUCCGUAACAUGGAACGCGGGCAGCGUCGGGGGACGCCGGAUCUUUUCGUGA